AUGUCACAUCACAAGAAAUGUGUUGUUAUUAAGAUUGGUUCUCACCAUACAAUUGCUGGUUUUAAUAACACUGAAUUACCUCAAUGUAUUUUACCUUCGAGUUAUUUGAAAAAAGGUUCAGAUGAAUAUAUAUUUGGUACAAUUUCCAUGUUAGAAGAGGCCAUAGCCAAAAAGGAUAAAGACACUAAUGAAAAUCUAGAAGUAUUUACUACUGUAGAUGAGAAUGGGAUUCCAUACAACUGGUCAGUCAUCGAACAACAAUUGAAGUAUAUUUAUGAUACUCAAUUGAAAUGUGAUCCUCAAGAUUUACCAUUGGUUAUUACUGUUCCACAUUUGAAAAGUGAAUUAGCCAAUAAAGUUCUUGAAAGAUAUUUUGAUUUAGCGUUCACCAAAUUGAAUGUUCCUGUAUUACAAAUCAUUAUUGAACCAUUGGCGAUCGCGUUAGCCAUGGGCAAGACCUCUGCUUUAGUCAUCGAUUUAGGAAGUUCCGGUUGUAAUGUUACACCUAUUGUUGAUGGUACAGUCGUCAAGACUAGUGUUAUGAGAUCUAGAUUUGCAGGUGAUUUCUUGGAUUACCGAAUCACUCAAAGAGUAGAAGAUAUCGUUAAAAAGAAGAAGAACAGUUCUUCAUCUUCAGAAGUAAUAGAUGCAGAAGGCGAUAUUAACAUUUCUACAGAGGAUAAUAAUUCAUCAAACUACAAGGAUUCUGUUGAUGUUUGGUUGGAAGCCAAUACUUGGAUUCAUGAUUUUAAAAUGAAUAUGUUACAAGUAAGUGAUAAAGAAUUACCAGAAUUAGAAAGGUUUUACAAAGAACAAGCAGAGAUGCAAAUUAGACAACAAGAACAACUACAACAAUAUUCCACCAACAAUGCCGAAGCCAAGCUUGAUAGUGCUGCAAUUGCGUCUAUUCAGAACAAUAACCCAUUAUUGCAGAAGAAGAAUUUCUUAUAUAAAUUGUCAAACCAAACAAUAUCAUUAGAAUCUCGUCAAUGUUAUGAAUUGGCUGAAUCAUUGUUUAAUCCAAGUAUGAUAUCUGAUAAAUAUACCAAGGAGGAUGGACUUGGAGAAAUAAUAGGGAAAGCCAUUAAGAAAGCUGGUGCUAGUGUUAGUUCUGUCGGAACAAAUACCAUUGGUGCCCUCGGUGCGUCUAUGACUAUUCAACCAAUGAAUACUCAAUCAAAGAAUAAUAUUUUUGGUAAUAAUAACGAUAAUAGUAAUAAUAAUAAUAACAACAACGUUGGUAUCAAUUCCUUAGGCACCACAGCCACAACACCGGAAUAUAUAUAUUCAAUGUUAUUAACCAAUAUUAUCGUGACAGGUUCUACAUCAUUAAUUAAUGGUAUGGAGCAACGUAUUAUCAAAGAAUUAUCUACACGAUUCCCACAGUAUAAAAUCACCACAUUUGCUAGUCAAAUAACGAUGGAUCGUAAGAUUCAAGGAUGGACUAGUAGUGUCUCAAUGUCUAAUUUACCAUCAUGGGAGUUAGCUAAAUGGUAUACCAAAGCUGAUUAUGAAAAGGAACUUAAUGGUGAGGCUGCCAAUGAGAAAUAA